AGAUGAACGCUGCGGCCAGCAGCUACCCCAUGGCCUCCCUGUACGUGGGUGACCUGCACUCGGACGUCACCGAGGCCAUGCUGUACGAAAAGUUCAGUCCUGCGGGGCCUGUGCUGUCCAUCCGGGUCUGCCGCGAUAUGAUCACCCGCCGCUCCCUGGGUUAUGCCUACGUCAACUUCCAGCAGCCGGCUGACGCUGAGCGGGCCUUGGACACCAUGAACUUUGAUGUAAUUAAGGGAAAGCCGAUCCGGAUCAUGUGGUCUCAGAGGGAUCCGUCUCUGAGAAAAUCUGGUGUGGGAAACGUCUUCAAGAAUCUGGACAAAUCUAUAGAUAACAAGGCACUUUAUGAUACUUUUUCUGCUUUUGGGAACAUUCUGUCCUGCAAGGUGGUGUGUGAUGAGAACGGCUCUAAGGGUUAUGCCUUUGUCCACUUCGAGACCCAGGAGGCUGCCGACAAGGCCAUCGAGAAGAUGAACGGCAUGCUCCUCAAUGACCGCAAAGUGUUUGUAGGCAGAUUCAAGUCUCGAAAAGAGUGGGAAGCUGAACUUGGAGCCAAAGCCAAGGAAUUCACCAAUGUUUACAUCAAAAACUUCGGGGAAGAGGUUGAUGAUGAAAAUCUGAAAGAGCUAUUUAGCCAGUUUGGUAAGACCCUAAGUGUCAAGGUGAUGAGAGAUCCCAGUGGGAAAUCCAAAGGCUUUGGCUUUGUGAGUUAUGAAAAACACGAGGAUGCCAAUAAGGCUGUGGAAGAGAUGAAUGGAAAAGAAAUCACUGGGAAGGUCAUUUUCGUUGGCCGUGCACAGAAGAAAGUGGAGCGGCAGGCCGAGUUAAAGCGGAAGUUUGAACAGCUGAAGCAGGAGAGGAUCAGUCGCUAUCAGGGGGUGAAUCUCUACAUUAAGAACUUGGAUGACACCAUCGAUGACGAGAAGUUAAGAAAAGAGUUUUCUCCUUUUGGAUCAAUCACCAGUGCUAAGGUGAUGCUAGAGGAUGGGAGAAGCAAAGGAUUUGGCUUUGUCUGCUUCUCAUCCCCUGAAGAGGCAACCAAAGCAGUCACGGAGAUGAAUGGACGCAUCGUGGGCUCCAAGCCACUGUAUGUCGCUCUGGCCCAGAGAAAGGAGGAGAGGAAGGCUCACCUGACCAACCAGUAUAUGCAGCGGGUGGCCGGGAUGAGGGCACUGCCUGCCAACGCCAUCUUAAAUCAGUUCCAGCCUGCAGCUGGGGGCUACUUCGUGCCAGCAGUUCCCCAGGCUCAGGGAAGACCUCCAUGUUACACAGCUAACCAGUUAGCACAGAUGAGGCCGAAUCCACGCUGGCAGCAAGGUGGGAGACCUCAAGGCUUCCAAGGAAUGCCAAGUGCUGUACGCCAGUCUGGGCCUCGUCCAGCUCUUCGCCAUCUGGCUCCAACUGGUGUUCCCACAGCUGUGCAGAACUUAGCGCCUCAGGCUGCUGUUGCUGCCGCUGCUCCUCGGGUUGUUGCACCUUACAAAUACGCCUCCAGCGUCCGCAGUCCUCACCCUGCCAUCCAGCCCCUGCAGGCACCCCAGCCUGCGGUCCACGUGCAGGGGCAGGAGCCGCUGACCGCGUCCAUGCUGGCUGCAGCACCCCCCCAGGAACAGAAGCAGAUGCUGGGUGAACGUCUGUUCCCACUCAUCCAGACGAUGCACUCGAACCUGGCUGGGAAGAUAACUGGGAUGCUGCUGGAGAUUGACAACUCGGAGCUGCUGCACAUGCUGUAGUCCCCCGAGUCUCUCCGCUCCAAGGUGGAUGAGGCUGUGGCGGUCCUUCAGGCUCAUCAUGCCAAGAAAGAAGCUGCUCAGAAGGUGGGCACUGAGCACCCAAGGACGAACCGAUUCAAAAGCCAAAUAAACCCUCAUGGAAUUCAGCUCAAGGUUUGAAGACUUCCUAGCUUGUCCUAUGGACCUCAACACUAAGAACCGCAAUUGCAAAUUUAAUAGGUCAUUUUGUAUCAAAAGGUCAAUUAUGAAGCACCUAGAAUUUUUCAAUUUAAAGAAUAUAUUCUCUGGGCUCUGAUAUGGCCCAGACAGUGUUAACUUUUUUUUUCUAUUGUGGGUUUUGAUUUUUUUCCCCCAGAAAUUGGUUUUAUUUGAUGUACCCAAGUCUUAAGUUUCUCAAUAAAGAAAAAAAUCUCCAUAAAAAAAAA